CUGCCACUAUCUCUAAGAGGAGAUUGUGACUCCUCUCUGACGUCAGACGAAGUUCCAGCAGCUCUAAGGUGAAAGUUAUCAGUGAGGACAGUGAGGACACAUGGAGACAGAGCAGCAGAUGAAGGACACGCUGCAGCUGCACAUAGACACCCUGUCAGAGCAGCUGCACGGUCUGAGCCGGGACAUAUGGAUCCGUCCUGAACUCGGCGGUGAGGAAACCUUCGCCCACGACCGGCUGCUCCGCUUCUUCUCCCAGGAGGACCGGGGCUGGACCGUCCAGAGCCGCUACAAGCUGCCCACCGCCUUCCGGGCCACCUGGGGUCCGGCGGGCGGCGGCAGCGGGUGUGAGCCGGUGCUGAACGUGGGCUUCCUGUGCGAGUAUGACGCGCUGCCGGGGAUCGGACACGCCUGCGGGCACAACCUGAUCGCGGAGGUGGGAGCUGCGGCCGCUGCGGGGCUGAGAGCUGCGGUGGAGAAGCACAGUCAGCAGCUCCCUGUCCCAGUGAAGGUAACUGUUCUGGGAACUCCUGCAGAGGAGAACACAGGAGGAAAGAUCGACCUGAUGGAGGCGGGGGCAUUCGAUGACCUCGACCUCGUCUUCAUGGCUCAUCCGACCCAGCAGGACGUUUCCUUCCUGCCCGGUGUGGCCCUUGAGGUGGUGUCAGUGAAGUACCACGGGAAGCCCUCUCAUGCUGGUGCAUACCCCUGGGAGGGAGUGAAUGCCCUGGAUGCCGCUGUCCUGGCCUACAACAACAUCUCUGUGCUCAGGCAGCAGAUGAAACCAGAGUGGAGGCUUCAUGGCAUCAUUACACACGGAGGAGAGAAGCCCAACAUUAUCCCCGCCUACACAGAGUUAGAGUUUUAUCUGCGCACGCCACUGGUGAAGGAUCUUCGUGACCUCAAGGGCAAAGCAGAGGCUUGCUUCAGGGCAGCUGCCGUGGCAACUGGUUGCCAAGUGGAGAUAAUCUACCCGUCCCAUGCUUACUCCAACAUUCUCCCUAAUGCCACACUGUCAAGCCUGUAUGAAAAAAAUGGGAAAGCUUUAGAGAUUCAGUUUGCAGAGCAGCCAGAAAACUUCUCUGGUUCCACAGACUUUGGCAACGUCUCAUUCAUACUUCCUGGCAUCCACCCUUUCUUCUACAUCGGCACAGAUGCAUUUAACCACACAAAGGAAUACACCGAAGCAGCAGGAGCUGAGACAGCCCAGUUGUUCACCCUGAGGACAGCCAAAACCCUGGCUAUGACAGCUGUGGAUGUAGUGUGCUGCCCCGAUCUGCUCAGGAAAGUGAGAGAAGAUUUCGGCCUGGCCAAACUGAAACAGGAGAAAUGAUGCAGCUUUGAAGGCUUCAUUAAAUGCACCAACUGUGAUAAUAAUUAUAUGAAAAAUAAUAAGGAAUUCAAGGGAGGUGGAGGGUGCUAAUAUUUAGUAACAUAGUCCACCUUCAUAUAGGGAGAGAGUGGAAUGAGUAAGUUUCACAGAUUAACAUUAUAAGAAAUAGUCAUGUGUUAAAAAAAUAAGGUGAAGCUAUGAUUAAUGGGAAAACAUUUAAAUCCACCAUCCUUGCUGCUGUUUUAAGUCAUUAAGUCAAAAAUGAUGGAACACUUCUUCCCCAAUGGAUAAAAGUGAUCAGUUUGUUACUAGCAGCAUUUGUUUAGUAUUUUAUGACCUUAUAACUGAUCAUUACGUUGCCAUCAGCCUCAGCUGUAGCUCACAUUUAAUGCUAACAAGCAGAUGUCAGCAUGCUAACACUCUAAGUUCAGUGAGCAUCUAGCUCAAUGCACCACUGUUGUUAAGUUCAGGAGAUACGUGUUUAUAUUAGCUCCUGGACUUGCUUGUGUAAACCCGUACGACUCCUGAGGACACCAUGACCUGGAUGACUGAGAAUCAUCACAGAUACACUGUGCCAACAGGCUGCAGUCUCAUUUCUGGAUAUUUCACUUGGAGUGGUUAAGAUUUCUGGGCAUGUUUUCAGCAGCACACAUUCAGUGGUCACAGAUAUGGUGGAAAAUCAGGUUACGGACAUCUUAUUGAUGUUUGAAUCUUUUUCGUGUCUCUCUUCUGCAGCAAUGCUCUUGUUCAGGCUUGUUGCAGAAUGAUGGUUCACUAAGGCGGAACUGUCACCACGCCCUGUGGGACAUUAUUUGGAGAAAUUGAAAAAAAUAAAAAGGUUUAGAGAAAAGAGACAACAAAGGUGGUCUCAGACUUACUAUACCACAUCGCAUGCAAGCAGUUAAUGGUAUUACAGAAUAUGCCGUUAAAAGCGAUUUGGGUAUGAAUGCUCAUCAGCAAUCAUACUUGUGCCAGAGAGUGAAGAGAAGCCCUGGAGCUGGUAGGAGUCCAAUGUCUAAUAACUGUGAAAGCUUAUCCCCCAGCACUGUUUGAAUAUAGAGUAUUAAAAAACAGGGAAAAGGGAUAUUUUGGAAACAUGAGGAGUCAAACCUUCAACUAACACAAACUUUGUGGUCACAAAUUUGUGUUAGAAAACGUAUUUUCAGCCAUGCCUCUGGAGAAGGUUUAAAAUGCUUUAUUGUGGUUCUGUUGUUCAGCUCCAAACCUCAAAUGCUCAAAUAAUCACAUUUUCAGAAAACCAAACAUUUAUUAAACACCUUCUCACAUAUAACAUAUGUCAUUAGUUAAAUGUAUACCUCUUUUUUUGGACAUUAAAUUUUCUUAUGAACCACCAAAAGAUGUUUUUUAAAUGUUUAACCAAGUAUAAAGUUGUUUUAAGCUGAAAAAAUGAUUAAACUAGCAACUAAGAGGUCACAGUGAACCUCAAAGCCUCACAACACCAAACAGAGGAGAUGAGCUUCAGUUGUAUAAAAAAAAGAAAUGAGAAUUAAAAAAACAAAAGUUAAUAUAAUUUUCAAUAUUUUGGGAUUUACUAAACAUAUAUUUUUACACUUGUGACUUUAAUAGACUUAAAUAUUUAGCGUUUUUUUUAUGAACUUUGUCAAAUGACAAAAAUGCUAUGCAGUAAUUAGCUCAACAUUAAAAUACUUGCAUUAAUACAAAGAUCACAA